AGCAACAUCCUGGCGAAUCGCAACGGUAACAACGGAAACGGUGGUGGUAGCGGUGGAAAUAAUGCUUCUGGCGGCGGCGGCGGCGGAGGUGGUGGUGGUGGUAAUAAUGUAGCAGAGGGAUCGCGACGUAACGGCGCUGCUGCAGCUGCUGCUGCUGUCGCAGCGGCUAAUGUUGCGGGAGGUGCUGGCGAACAAGGCGCCGCAGCAGGUGGUGGCGGUGCAGCUGAGUGGAAUCCAGAAGAAAUCGAUCGUUUUAGUUUCGAUGAUUCUGAUCGGUUCGAAGAAGAUUCCCUUUGUAGUUGGAGCUCUGAACCGGAAUCGCUCUGCAAUAAUUGGCGUGGUUGGAAGAAACCCUCCAGUUUCGGUUUAACUAAUCCCAUAACGGCUAGUGCUAGCUCAACGCCGGCAAAUACCGGUAGUGCAGUGCGGAAAAAUGACGUUGACUGUGAGGUCUCUUCACUCACCGAGCUCGCUGCACGUUGUGUCGCCUCAUAUAUCCCCUUCGAGUUGGUCGAACAUGUCUAUCCGCCCGUACCGGAACAACUGCAAUUGCGCAUAGCAUUUUGGAGUUUCCCAGACAAUGAAGAGGAUAUACGUCUCUAUUCCUGUUUAGCAAAUAGUUCCGCGGAUGAAUUUAACCGUGGCGAUCAGUUGUUUAAGACGCGCGCUGUUAAGGACACACUACAAAUUGGUUUUCAUUUGUCCGCCACUGUAGUUGGUCAAACACCACGUGCCCACUUCAAUGUGGCUGUUACCUUCGAUCGUAGGCGCAUCUCGUCGUGCAAUUGUACUUGCACUUCGCCCGCCUAUUGGUGCUCGCACGUGGUCGCCGUCUGUUUACAUAGAAUUCAUAAUCCCUUAGAAGUAUGUUUACGUGCACCCGUCUCUGAAUCGUUGACACGUUUGCAACGUGAUCAAUUGCAGAAAUUCGCGCAAUAUUUAAUCAGCGAAUUACCGCAACAAAUAUUACCAACAGCGCAACGCUUGCUGGAUGAGCUGCUCAGCUCACAGCCCACUGCCAUAAAUACGGUGUGCGGUGCGCCUGAUCCAACAGCUGGUGCUUCUGUGCACGAUCAGACAAGUUGGUAUUUGGAUGAGAAGACUUUGCAUGCUAAUAUUAAGCGUAUUUUAAUUAAAUUCUGCCUACCGGCACCAAUAGUUUUUAGCGAUGUAAAUUAUUUAACAAACUCCGCACCACCGGCUGCAGCCGAAUGGAGUUCACUAUUACGUCCGUUACGCGGUCGUGAGCCGGAGGGCAUGUGGAAUCUACUAUCAAUUGUACGUGAAAUGUAUAGACGUUGCGAUCGUAAUGCUGUACGUUUGCUUGAGAUCAUCACCGAAGAGUGUAUGAUGUGCGAUCAAAUAUUGAUAUGGUGGUUCCAAACGAAAUUGUCACUAAUGAUGGGCUCACACGGGCAUAGCGGUGGCAAACACUCGAAUACACAUUCAAAUUCAACGGCCCUCCAGCAUGCCUGUAGUUCUUUGUGCGAUGAAAUUGUAGUGUUGUGGCGUUUGGCAGCAUUAAAUCCCGGCUUAGCGCCCGAUGAGCGUGACAUGUUGCAUGCGCAAUUCACUGCAUGGCAUCUGAAGAUACUCGACCGUGUGGUGAAGUGUCGCAUGAUGCCGGCAUCGUACAGCAAUAAGCACCAACAGAAUUCAAGAUCUGAUGCGGAAAUGUUUGUUGGUUUUAAGCCAGCUAUUGAAGCUUGUUAUUUGGACUGGGAGGAGUAUCCCAUUGCUGGUAUCACGCACACACACGAUACCAAUCCAAUAUAUUAUAGCCCUUUCACAUGUUUCAAGCACACCGAUUCGAAAAGCGAAACGAAUAGUUGUCAAUUGAACGCCACACAAGCGGUAAUGGCCAACAACAAGCACUACAACUAUAUCAGCUCAUCCACGGAUCAUGGCGCACAUGCCGCAUUCAAACAGCGCCAUGAGCGUCCGUUCCGUGAACGUUUCUACAUUUCGUCCAGCAAUAAUUCGAGUAAUUCAUCAAGUGACAGUGUACAUGCACGUCUACAUCAAGGACUUGGUGCGGCUGCUGGAGGAGCAUCCGGUAGUGGAUGUGUCGGUGGUGCAGUUGGUGUGAGUAUUAAUCCACCAGCAGCGGAUGGUGGUGUAAUGAGCAAUGUUGGUGCGAUGGUUGCCGGCGCUAGUAAUGCCUUGGCUAAUGUGGAAGCAAACGUUCUACGUACAGAUGCUGGACCAAGUGGGAGUGGUCAUGGCGGUGUGCCAGGCGGCGGUGUCACCAUAAACAGCAUCAGCGGUCCCUCAGCAAUAGCAGAUUUGCCCCGUCUACCAAUGAGCAGUGUAACCGGUGGAAGUGGCAGCGGGAGUGUUGGUGGCGGUGGUGUAGGUGUCGGUAGUGCUUUGGGCGCUGGUAUUGGUGGUGGUGGUGGUGACGGGAAUCGUUCCAGCGCAAGCAGUGAAGGUUUUUGUGAGAAUGAAGACUUUGGCGGCGACAGCAGUAGUAAUAACCUUUGUGCGGAAGGUGGUCAAACGCUCGCGCCAACACAUGCAACUGGUACAACAAUGCGGCUGGAGCCAGCAGAUUCGCCACGCAAUUUCGGCGCACUAAGUGCCGAUGUGCCAGUUAUGAGCUCCGUAGGGCCAAGCGUUGGCACAUCAUAUCAAACGACCACUUCAUUAUCGUCCGACACCUCAUCCUCUACAUCAAGCUCGUCAUCGAACUCUUCGUCGUCAUCGAUGUUGAUGGGUGCUGCCGGCAUAGAUGCCACACCCGACGUGACAGCGAAAGCUAGCAAUAAAUUAAUAUUGGGCGUUGACGUCAGACGUAUGUCGAAAGAGGAAUCCUUCUCUUCAUCCAGUGACGAGUUCAACACACAUGAUUUACCCGUUGCGGCAAAGCCGGAAGAGUUGACCCCUGUGGCAAGCACAUCUGCAGCGGCAGCGACGGCAACAGUAGUUAAAUCGGCGCCGGCUUUAGCAGCAGCUGCCUCAACAUCGACUGCACACAAUAAGCAAACGUCGCCUGCAAAUUCGUCAAAUGCUGAUCAGCAUGCGGCAACAACAGCAGCAACAAGCGCUACGGGCAAUCAACCGGUAGCAAGCACUUCACACGCAGCUCAGCAAACCACAGGGGGUAGUGAAAAACCCCACAUCUUCUCGAAUGUACGUCCCACUGAGGACGCUUGGGAUAUACUUUUGGCGCGCUCUGAGGGCCUACAUGCCCAUGGGCAUGGCCGAGAGGCGUGUAUAUUGGCAGUGCGUUUGGCCGAAGAGAUGUUGGCUAACCCGCCCAAUUUGAUGGUGGAACUGCCGCAGAUGCCGAAACGCAAGGGUAAAAAUAAAAAUAUCAAUCCCAUCUCACAUCAUCUCACUGUGUUGGCGUCCUCCACUUUGUCAAAAUGUGCAUUCCUUUGCACUGUGUUGUCGGAGAAUUCAGAACACUUUCAUAUUGCAUUCAGAAUUUGCCUGUUCGCUUUGGAAAUGCCACGCCCUCCAGCCAGCACAAAGCCGCUGGAAGUGAAAUUGGCCAAUCAAGAAGCAGAUAUACUCACGCUCUUAAAGAAAAUACCACUAAACGAGCCCGAAUUACAGGUAAUACGUGAACGCGCCGAAUGUCUGCGCAACGGUACAUUUAAAUCGCGCGGUGAGGCAUUACUACCCAUCAAUUUGGCAACAUUCAUCUUCGACGCGCUGGUUAUGCCACAACUAACCAGUAAAGAACAACGGAAUCGCCUUCUUAGUAUGAUGUAUCGUCUGCCCUCCGACGAAAACUUAGGUUUUGAAGCAGCAGUGGCCGCUUUGGGCUUGAAAGCGAAUGUGUCGGAGGCAGAACAUCCGUUACUAUGCGAGGGUACCAGACGUCAACGUGGCGAGCUCGCGCUAACCCUCCUCUGCUAUUAUAAGGAUGAACCGCGAAAAAUCGCCAAGAUCAUGGAGAAACUUUUGGACCGUGAGAUACAUGUGUUGCUGAAAACACCACUGCUGCCAGCAUAUUACUCGAACAACCCACCUGUGCGCACCGCUGCAUCGUCGAUGUCGCGACGUGAAGAACAAGAGUAUGCGAGCGCGAUUAACGGCGGCGGCGGCGGCGCACAUAAUGCUAACCUUAACGAUAUGUUCCCGUCGGAUUAUGGUUCGGUGGGCGGUAAUAGUCGUCCACACAGUUCAACCAGCGCCGAAUUGGAGGUAGGCAUGAGCGCACUCAGUGUCUCGUCUUCACAGGGCGGCGGUAGUGGCACGCUAACUGGCGCCACUGGUAGCAGUCAACCUAUGACUGGACCUGGUGGACAAGCGAAUGUCUCUGGCGGCGCCACAAGUCGGUCCAAAGAUAGCCGCUACAAGGGCAAACGCGCGUACCCAUCUAUACCCAAUCAGCCCUCGGAAGCGAGCGCGCAUUUUAUGUUCGAGCUCGCUAAAAAUUUACUCAUCAAAGCGGGUGGUAAUUCAUCAACUUCCCUAUUUACACAGGCCAGCACUAAUCAGGGUCAUCACGGACCACAUCGAGCGCUACAUAUAUGCGCCUUUCAGCUGGGUCUGUACGCACUCGGCUUACACAAUUGGGUCAGUCCCAAUUGGCUGUCACGCACCUAUUCAUCGCACGUCUCUUGGAUACUCGGACAAGCGAUGGAAAUCGGCGCACCCGCUAUUAGUUUCCUCAUAGACACAUGGGAAGGCCACUUAACGCCGCCCGAAGCAGCAGGUAUGGCAGAUCGCGCUUCUCGUGGCUGGGACAACAAUAUGGUAUACCCCGCAGCUGAGCUGGCGCUCUCAGUAUUACCACAUGCAGCUGCACUCAAUCCCAACGAAAUUCAGCGCGCCAUAUUGCAAUGCAAAGAGCAAAGUGAUCAUAUGCUCGAACGUGCUUGCAUCACCGUAGAGAAUGCGGCUAAAGGUGGUGGUGUCUAUCCCGAAGUACUCUUCCAAGUGGCGCGUUACUGGUACGAGUUAUACGGCCACAAUACACCGAACAAUGAAAACGAACAACACGAUGACCAUUUGGAUCACUCUGCGGUUAGUCUCAGCGCUUUAAUAGAAUCCCAUCAACAUCAUGAGAUGCAACAACAAAUGCAAGCGCAAGUACAAGCACAGCAACAGCCGCAAGGCAGUAUGGUCGGUCCACCUCCAGUUAUGCCAACAGCACCACCGGGUGGCCCCAAUGCACCACUUCAGCCAGGUCAGGUGGUGGUAACCACAGCGCCGCAACCCUUUCAACAAGGUGUUGCUACACUCGCGUCCAUUGGCUUACCGCCAUAUCCGCCGUAUAGUUUCUGCCAAAAUCUAUACCAUCACAAUAUCACCACUUACCCGGGUAAUCAAAUGCAAAUGUAUAUUUCUGCAGGUCCACCGCCCCCGCAAGCAUACCCCGGUUAUCCGUCGCAGCCAACGCAACAACAGAAUCCAUCUGCAAUGCAGCCGGGUGGCUCAGCACAACCGCCCUCACCGUAUGUACACCAACAAGCAGCACCUGGAGGCGGCUUCCCACCACAAAUGCCACCACAACAACUGCCACCACAGGCGUAUCAGGCAAUGCAGUGUGGUCCUGUUGGUGCGCCACCCAAUAGUUUUCCGCCACAACCCGGUCAAGGUGGACCGCCACAAAUGCCACCACAGAAUAUGCAACAAGUUGCCGCUGCUGCUGCUGCUGGCGCUGCCGCUUACUAUGGGCAACCGCCGCAUCAGCAAGUGCCGCCACAACAUCCCUCACAAGCAGCUGCAGCUAGUGUAGCUAUGGCGCAACACCAAAUGCGACAGCAACAACAGCAAGGUGUUUAUCCGCCGUUCGUGCAACAACAGCAGCCGCCACAGCCGCCUGUGCGUCAACGACAUCCACAUCAAUUCACUUCAACACAACUGCGUUAUCUACUCGCCGCUUAUAAUGUGGGAAUGUUGGCUAUGGAGACUUUAGCGCGUCGUGUACAUGAUGAUCGUCCGCAAGCGAAAUAUGCACGUAAUCCUCCCUACGGCGAGGAUGUCAAAUGGUUGUUGCGCAUCUCCAAAAAACUGGGCACUCAAUAUCUGCACCAAUUCUGCGUUUGUGCUGUAAACUCGAUUGUCAGUCCGUUCGUUUUGCACGACGUCGCCAUUGAGUCGGCGCAUUAUUUGGGCAGAAACAAUCACCAGUUGGUAAUGCAACAUUUGCGUUCGGCGUUAACGCCGCUGGUGCAAAAGUGCCAGCAAAUGUACAUUCAAUGUAUACAUCAGAAAUUGUAUCAUCUGACGCAGGCAGACUAUGAAGAUUUCGCAAGUAUUAUCUUAGCGGCACGGGCGGCUUUCCAAAUUACACCGGAAGGAAGUGCUCAAUUCAAGGAUUGGCUGCAAUCGAUCAAAAGAUCGAAAUCCUGCAAAAAGGAAUUAUGGACGCAAAUCAAUGCAGCAUUGCAAAGCAAUUCUAAAUGACAAAGACUUGAUUCAUUCAGUUUGUCACAUUCAUCGUCCGCACCGAAAAUUGACAAUUACUUUUCAACAAACAACAACAACAACAACACUGCAACCAAUUCAACAACAUCAACGUCAGCUGCUGUAGACAACGUGGUAAUAAAAACAACAUUAGAUAACACAACAACAAACCCAACCGUCGCUGCAUCAGCCGCCGGCGCCGCUGCAGCUGCUGCUUCUAAUGCGAACUUACACAAAUUUGAAUGUAAUGCAGCGACGGUUGGUAAUGAAAUAGCUGGUGUUGGUAGCAGUAACAUACCACUCGGCGGUGGUGGUAGUGGGGGAAGCCUAGGCCGCAGCAACAACGGUAACAAUCAAAAUAACAGCAAUUGUAACACAAGUAACGGCAACAGCAGUAAUUCACAACACAACAAUAAUGCUAGCAGUAGCGGCAGACAUGGGAAAACCAUAGGGGCCGCAGGAUGUGGCUUGGCAACAUUGCCUAAUGCAACAAUUACACCCUUGUCGGCAACAUCCGCAGGCAGCACACCGCCUAGCAGCGCAGAGGCGACAAAUACCAACAGUUUCGCCUAUUAUACGGCAGGUAUAGCGGAGGGUGCGGCGCAACGGCAUGUUUCAACUGUGGCAGCAGCAA